AUGGACAGUCCCGACCAAAAUGCCCGGUAUCACUGCUUCGGUAGCACAGGAGAACUGGAGAAAAUUGACGGAGCCAUCCGGGAGGAGCAGUAUGUCGGGCCAUUGACGCGGCUUCCAGGAAGGCUUGUCGUAUUUGCCUUCAUCCCCAGGCCACGACUGAGCAACGAAAUAAUAAGCGGUGGCCAUAACUACAGCGGGAACUACUGGCAGGCUGGUGGAGUCGUGACUGUACCUCUCAAGGCCACUAAUACUCAAUACUACGGUGUCAUCAGCAUCGGAACACCACCGCAAACUUUCAGAGUUGUCUUUGACACAAAUUCUAAUGUUACAUGGCUGCCUUCAGUUGGCUGCAGCAAGGCACAAUGCGGUGAUCGCAAGCUGUAUGACAACCGCAAGUCCUCUUCGUACUCUCACUACGGAAUAUGGGUUGAAGUACCGUCUUUCGCUGGUGAUGGCAUCAAAGGAACUGCGGCUCGUGAGACCAUCGUCAUAGGUGGCAUCAAGCUCACGGACCAGCUGUUUAUUGAAGCAACCGUCAUCGAUCCUAAGAUAUACAACAAUCUACCGUUCGAUGGUGUCGUAGGCCUCGGAACAGAGCCGCAACUUCCUGAGCACUGGUCCGUCUUUGAUACGAUGAACCAGCGAUACCUGCUGGACAUGCCUUUAUUCGAUUUAUACUUUCAUAAAACACGUGACGGCGCAGAUGGUGAGAUUAUGUUUGGAAAUUAUGACACGGCCCAUUAUCAAGGAGUCUAUUCAUGCUGCGUCUUCCUGGACAAGACUGCAUAA